AUGCCUUCUAAGCCUUCCAAACAAGCUUCUACAGCUCAGGAAAUACCAACAACACCUUCAUAUCCUGAUUGGUCCAGCUCUAUGCAGGCUUAUUAUGGUCCUGGAGCUACUCCACCUCCCUUUUUCGCCUCUACUGUUGCUUCCCCAACUCCACAUCCCUAUAUGUGGGGAGCCCAACAUCCUAUGAUGCCGCCAUAUGGAACUCCAGUUCCGUACCCAGCCAUGUAUCCUCCGGGUGGUGUUUAUGCUCAUCCUAGUAUGGUCGCGACUCCAGCCUCAGCACAGACAAAUCCAGAGUUGGAAGGGAAGGGCCCAGAUGGGAAAGAGCGGGUUUUAACCAAAAAACCCAAAGGAACUGCAGGAAAUACAGGUUUGGUUGGUGGCAAGGCUGGGGAGAGUGGAAAAGCAACUUCAGGUUCAGGAAAUGAUGGCGCUUCCCAAAGUGGUGAAAGUGGUAGCGAGGGUUCAUCAGAUGGCAGUGAAGAUAAUGCUAACCAACAGGAGUAUGGUGCAAACAAGAGGGGAAGCUUUGACAAGAUGCUUGCAGAUGGAGCAAAUGCACAGAAUACUGGGGCAAAUGUUCAAGCUUCAGUGCCUGGGAAGCCUGUCUCUAUGCCUGCUACUAAUCUGAAUAUUGGAAUGGACUUAUGGAAUGCAACCCCUGCAGGUUCUGGAGGAGCAAAAAUGAGAGCAAAUCCAUCAGGUGCUCCAUCAGCUGCGGGUGCUGACCACUGGAUUCAAGACGAACGUGAACUGAAAAGACAGAAAAGAAAGCAAUCAAAUAGGGAGUCAGCUAGGAGGUCAAGAUUACGGAAGCAGGCGGAGUGUGAAGAGCUACAAGCAAGGGUGGAGACAUUGAGCAAUGAGAAUCACAACCUUAGAGAUGAACUGCACAGGCUCUCAGAAGAAUGCGAGAAACUCACAUCUGAGAAUACUAAUAUAAAGGAAGAGUUGACACGAGUGUGCGGACCAGAUUUCGUAGCAAACCUUGAGCAGCAGCCUGGCGGUGGUGAGGGCAACAGUUGAGAAGGAAUUAAUUUCUCUCUUUGUAGUAACAGAAAUUAAUUGAGCUCCGGAAGCCAUGACCCUCACUCGAAUUGAGCGUAGAGCAUUUGUUUCCCUUACUAAUUUAUACACUUAACCCUUAUCUGUAGCUGUGACGUUUAUUUAUCAACUUUCAACUGAGUUGGAUCCUCGGAGCCAUGCAAAUUGUUGUACCAUUGGAAAAGAGUAUAUAAUAGAUUGCUUCCAUUGACUAGUUAUCUUUUUGAACCGAUUUGUACUUCCUCAUUCUUCCUCCCCGUUACUGUUGUUUCUGUGCUCGCUCAAAAUGAUGCUGCGGACGGUGUGGAGGAGUUUGGUUAUAGAAACAGCAAACUUUUUGUA